CCUCAAGGUGUGGAUGGUAAAAUGGUAAACAGAUAUAAGAGGCCGCAAUCCUUGGAGGUCCUGACUUCUCUCUCUUUCUCUCUCUCCAGCCUACAGCAGCAGCCUGCAACUCGGCUUUGCUAGACAAUACACAACAAAGCAACCUGCUCUGUUCUCCCCGCUUACACCAGCAUUACUCCUUCCACAACUUCUGCCCGGCUCUACAGACGUCUUUACCAAACCUUACACGUCCCGAGCAAAGCAAAUGGAAACAUUCCGCACAAUGCUGGCGUGCAUCCUCAGACAGCGGAGGAGACACGAUGGGUACACGGAGCUCAUCUACGACGACGACAAGAUGGCGGGAGUGUACUCUGACUACGACAACGAAGGGUACAGCACACAGCACGAAGUCAUGAGCUACUACUACGACGCUGACGCCCGCCCCAUCAGCGACGGCGACGACAACUACGACGGCGCCACUGCCUUCAACGAGAAAGCCGGCUUCGACACCGGCGACACGGACGCCCGCAGCGUGGAGGAGGUCGCGCGCGACGUGGCGCGCCUGCUGUGGCGCGCCGAGUGGAACGACGACGCGCUGCAGGGCGCCAUCUCGGACUGCGUGGGCGAGCAGCGGGCGUGGAACCGCAAGAUGGUGGAGGCGUGCCUGGACGGCGUGAUCGACUACGUCGAGCAAGGGCGGCGGCUGAUGGGCGACGCCAUGUGCGCGGCGCUGGACACGGCGACCGACGUCGCGGACGAGGCGUUUGCGUUCCCGCGCCGGCACCCGCCGAGCCUGGACGGCUUCAUCGCCAUUGUGUCGGUCGGCGUGUUGGCGCAGCUGCAGGGCGCCUGGGUGCUGGAGCUGCUUGGCUUCGGCGAGGUGCGCGGCAAGGAGGGGAUGAUGAAUGGCGAUAGGGAGGUGGCCAUGUUGACGUCGGACAAGAUUGUCUUCUGGGAGGAGCCCAAGCCCGGUUCGUUCGCCGCUUGGUGGGCGAGGGAGUACGCCGACUACAUCCCCGGAGGCUCCGUCUACUCGUACCUGCGCCAGCUGGGUAUGAUUGAGAUCGAGGACUGAUGAGAACAGCACAGCUCUGGACUCGCAAAGGUUGGAUUCUUGCGGGAUGCUGUUCUGUUCUGUUCUUUCGAAGUCAAGGUCUCAGGUAUGUGCAGCUCGAGGUUACGGGUAAAGGUGGCUCAGGAGCACAGCAGUGCGCGAAACCGUCAAUCACUUACAAAUCAGGCUUGGGUUGAAUGAAGGAUUUCGGGACUAUGGCGUCAGGUUGGCACAGUGCUUGUAUGAUAAGCAGAUCUUUAGUGAGGAUGACGACUUCUGAGACGUCUUUGUUGCCAUUUGAUCAUUCUGACUUGCGCGUUCAAUUGGCUCGAACGUGGCCAUCCUAAGAAACGUCACCUCGAAAACAAUUGACACUGCGCUUUGUGGGCUGCCUACUGACUCGGUAACUUGACCAAUCCCUCACC